AUGAAGUCACCUAUCCCAGAUUACCUCGCCCAUGUCCUUGAGAAGGCACGACCAAACGAGGGAGGGGCCGCCGCCGACUACAUCGAGACCCUAGCCAAAGCAGACACGUCCAAAAUGGCUGUCGCUCUGGCUAUGGUCGACGGCAACUUCUACUCUGCAGGCGACGACAACAUCGAGUUCUCCAUCCAGUCCAUCUCCAAGUCCUUCGUCUACGCCAUCGCCAUCGAGGAUGCUGGUCUCGAACAAGUACUGAAGAAGAUUGGAGUUGAGCCUUCUGGCGAUAGAUUCAACCAACUGUCCCUCGAGCGCAGCACCAACCGACCUAUGAAUCCUAUGAUCAACGCUGGUGCCAUCACCGCUCACUCACUUGUCGUCUCGCCCACCGCAAACCUCCAAGAACGAACCGAUCGCAUUCUGAAGGUGCUCUCUAAGCUGGCUGGACGAGAGUUGCAUGUCGACGAGGAGGUCUACAAGGCCGAGCUGAAAGAUGCCGACCGUAACAUGGCUAUUGGAUACAUGCUCAAGGCUACUGGCAUCAUCACUUGCGACCCAAGAGAGGCAGUCAAAGGUUACAUUCGGCAAUGUGCCAUCAACGUCAACGUCAAGGACCUGGCCAUGAUGUCUGCCGUGCUCUCCAAUGGUGGCGUCCACCCGGUCACAGGAGAACAAAUCAUCCCACACACAAGUGUUCGUCAGGUCUUGUCUGUCAUGACUACCUGCGGCAUGUACGACGCAGCUGGUGAUUGGGUCUCCAACGUCGGCUUUCCAGCAAAGAGUGGUGUCGCUGGGGCUAUCAUGGGCAGUCUCCCUGGUCAAGUCGGCCUUGCUACCUUCUCUCCCAAGAUCGACGAACGAGGCAACAGCGUGCGCGGCGUGGCUAUGUGUGAACAACUUUCGCGUGACAUGGGUCUGCAUAUGAUGGACGUCAGCCAUGUCGCGAGAUCGACUGUUCAAACAACUGUAUCCACCCUAGUCGCUAGCGAUGACGAAAAGCACGGUCUACACAACCACAACUGCGGCCGCAAAGUCGUAAUCUUCAAGCUAAGAGGUGCUGUACGCUUCCCCGGUGCCGAACGCUUGACAAGAGCUCUAGCCUACGAGCUUGGUAAUCCCGACCCAUCUGACCCUGGAUCUGGAAGCCAUGCUGAUGCUUGCGCUAUCGUCUUCUCCUUCCGCGAGGUCUUCUCUCUGAACUUUAUUGCGCGACGACUGAUCCACGAAAACAUCACACGACUGUUGAGCGAGCGAAGAGUUUUGGCCAUUAUAGACCCCACAGGUGUGCUCGAGUGGGAUCGUGCCAAAGCAAAGGGCGAUAGACAUCCCAAGGUUGUCAACGAUGAUACAGAAGCACGAGACUACAUUGGAGGCACUGGAUGUCAAGCUGUCUCUGAGGAUCCGGAAUGGUAG